GCUAGGUAGGGAUUCGGACUUCAGGCACAUGCAUACUCCUUGCAUGUGUACACAGAUGCAAGCACAUGCUGUUUUCACACACUGAAAUUCAAGUUAGUGUAAGAGGUACUAAGUGAAGACUACGACAGUCCUGCUGAUAAAGAACCUUCUCCUUUAAGAGAAGACUCUAAAGGUAGAACUCUUCAAACUUUGUUUAUAAAAAUCCAUCCGGAAAAGCAUCACAAUCAUGAAUGGGCCAGUGGAUGGUUUAUGUGAUUACACACUGGAUGAUGAAGGGACUUUCAUGUUCACAUCGGAGUCAGUGGGAGAAGGACAUCCAGAUAAAAUCUGCGAUCAAAUCAGUGAUGCUGUACUAGACGCCCAUCUCAAACAAGACCCAAAUGCCAAGGUUGCUUGUGAGACAGUAUGUAAGACAGGAAUGGUGUUGCUCUGUGGGGAGAUCACUUCUCAUGCUAUUGUGGAUUAUCAACGAGUUGUCCGAGAUGCAAUUAGACAUAUUGGCUAUGAUGAUUCAGCUAAAGGUUUUGACUACAAGACUUGUAAUGUUUUAGUGGCACUGGAACAGCAGUCACCUGAUAUUGCCCAAGGUGUUCAUCUACAUAGGGAUGAAGAGGAUGUUGGUGCUGGAGAUCAGGUAGCCAUAACAUCACAUCUAAACCAAAAAAGCU